AUGUCCUCGGGGGAAUUUGACAUAAAUGGAAAUGCAAACUGUCCUUUUUUAGAUGGAGGAGCCCCUGUUGCUCUCGUGACGGGAGGGGCACAUCGCAUUGGACGAAGUAUUGUUGAGCAAUUGCAUGGGGACGGUUAUUGUAUCUUGCUACAUUUUCGAUCUUCCGUCGUCGAAGCGAAGUCACUUGUGGAUAAGUUGAAUGCUAUUCGUCCUAAAUCUGUCUUGGGUUAUCAGUCUGAUUUUAGGUACAGCAGUUCCCUCCCUAACCAAUGUGACGCUAUCAUGGGAUUUUGCUUCCGUACUUUUGGACGUUGUGAUGUGUUGGUGAAUAACGCCUCAGCAUUUUUUCCUACACCAUUGCUACCAUCUAAUGAGUUAAAUAAAAACACAGAAGAAGUGGAAAUUGAGGGUGAAAUUUCUGAUAUUUUGGGAUCUAAUGCCAUUGCCCCCUAUUUACUGAUUCGUGCAUUCGCCAAAUAUCAACCUGAUGACUUGAAAGAGAAGCGCAAUCUUUCUAUUGUUAAUAUUAUUGAUUCUAUGGUGGAUAGGCCGCUACCAGGUUAUACCAUGUACACAAUGGCAAAACAUGCUCUAAUUGGACUAACAAAAUCGGCCGCAUUGGAAUUGGCUCCACUAAAAAUACGUGUUAAUGCUGUUGCACCUGGAAUAAGUUUACUUCCUGAAGAAAUGCCGCAGAAACAACAGAAUCUUUUGCGUCAGAAAGUGCCACUUGAACAAAGAGAAGCAACACCUGAGCAAGUAGCAGGUUCUGUCGCAUUCCUUGUGUCAGAAAAUGCAAAUUAUAUUACAGGGACCAUUCUUAAUGUGGAUGGUGGUUUGUCCUUAUCUCGUGCUUGCGAAGGAUUUUAA